GGCUUGGGCUUCAGGCAGUAUUCCGCGUCAUGGGGGUUUGGCUGCGUUUGCUGGUGUCUAGUGGAGUGUCGCUUCGGCGCUGCGGCGGGGCCUGUGUCCCGCUUGGGGGAAGCCGACUGUUGAUUUGUCGGCGCCAGUUCUCUGGCGCUGAGAGUGAGACCCUAAAACAAAGAAGAUCACAAAUCAUGUCUCGAGGACUUCCGAAGCAGAAACCGAUAGAAGGUGUUAAACAAGUUAUAGUUGUGGCUUCUGGAAAGGGUGGAGUUGGAAAGUCUACUACAGCAGUGAACCUUGCACUUGCUCUAGCAGCGAAUGAUUCGUCGAAGGCUGUUGGUUUGUUAGAUGUGGAUGUGUAUGGCCCUUCAAUUCCAAAGAUGAUGAAUCUGAAAGGCAAUCCCGAAUUAUCACAGAGCAACUUAAUGCGGCCUCUUUUGAAUUAUGGUAUUGCUUGUAUGUCCAUGGGCUUCCUGGUUGAAGAGACUGCCCCCCUUGUUUGGAGAGGUCUUAUGGUAAUGUCAGCCAUUGAGAAACUGUUGAGGCAGGUAGAUUGGGGUCAGCUGGACUACCUGGUUGUUGACAUGCCACCAGGAACUGGAGACGUACAGUUAUCAGUCUCGCAGAAUAUUCCCAUUUCAGGUGCUGUCAUUGUCUCCACGCCUCAGGACAUUGCACUGAUGGAUGCACACAAGGGGGCUGAGAUGUUUCGAAAAGUCCACGUGCCUGUUCUGGGCCUUGUCCAAAAUAUGAGUGUUUUCCAGUGUCCAAAAUGUAAACACAAAACUCAUAUUUUUGGUGCUGAUGGUGCAAGGAGACUAGCACAGACCCUUGACCUUGAUAUUCUAGGAGACAUCCCCUUACAUCUUAACAUAAGGGAAGCUUCAGAUACAGGCCAGCCAAUUGUGUUUUCACAGCCUGAAAGUGAUGAGGCCAAAGCCUACCUAAGGAUUGCUACUGAAGUGGUAAGAAGAUUGCCACCACCUCCAGAGUCAUUCCCCAAGUGUCUUGGAAAUUUGCCUGGUCAUUGACAGUUAAGACCUUUGGAAAUCAGCUGUAUGGUGGUGAAACCUUCAGAACAAUAGCAAUUAUAAUUGUUUUUCUUGUAUUUCUAAAGAAAUAAUGUCCAGUCUUCAGAUUUGAUUUGCUAAACAAUGACUCACAAAUAAAAAUUUUACAUACCAAUGCUUAAAUUAAAAAAAAUUUUUUUUUAAUGCUUAGGAAUAUUUUUGAAAGUUGUGUGCCAGCAUCCCAGAACUGCAUUUUAUUUUAUUGAACUAUCCCCUUAAGGAAUCACGAGUUAAUAUUACACGCCCAACCUUCAGUUCAGGAGAGAACCAUGCUCUUUCUGCAGGACUGUAGAGUUAAAGGAUUUACUGAGAAUGAGUAUGGAUGUGAGGAUGACAAUUCUCCAUCAGGCAGUGUGGUCUGGAUCCUGCAUCUAGAACUAUCUUGGACCCUUUCUUAAUACAGAUGAACUUCUGCUUCUUCAUCUGGACUAGACUCUCCCCUAGACUUUAUGAAUCUGAAUUUCCAGGGAUGGGUCUGGACGUGUAUAUUUUUAACAAAUAAAUUAUAAUGAUUUUGAUUGUUUUGAUUAUGAUGACAAUAAUAAUAAUAAUAACUAACAUUUAUCAAGUGUUUUCUUAUGUCCUUAUAGUUACUCUUUCAUUGAUAUGAGUGGAGUACUGUUGUUAUCUCUGCUUUAUAGAGGGGGAAGUUGAGAUGUGGGAAAGUUAAGUAUUGUAUUGAGUGUUACUAUUCUAGCAAGUGGAGGUUUGAACUUGAGCAGUUGGAUACUGGAUCCUUCCUUUUGUACACCGCACGGGCAUUUAUUUAUUUCAAAAGAGGAAGGUGAACAUAGUGUUCAAAAUUUCUCCAGCUUAUUUGACCAUUAACUUUCCCACCUCCCCUUCCCCUUUAGGAGCAUUUCAUGAAGUUCAUAUUUCAAAGAACACACCUUGAAAAACAUCUUUUCUGGUUGAGGCUCAGAGAGAGUCAAGGGCUUCCCAAAGUACUGAUAAGAGUUAUUAGUUAAUCCUCACUUAUAAGGAGGUGGUCUGUGACCUUUGGCAGAUGCCUGAGUUUCUUUUCUCUGUAGUUAAGCAGCCAGAAAAUUAGGUGAAGAGUUACAUAUCAUUAUAAACAUGUUUUUGCACACUUGUUUUCACAUUAAAAAACUAUGCAUAAAUGUUUAUAGCGGCUUUAUUUGUAAUAGCCAAAACAACCCAAAGUUUUUCACUGAGUAAAUGGUUUGACAACCAGUAAUACAGCCAUACCAUGGAAUACUACUCAGUGAUGAAAAAGAACAAAAUAUGAAUACAUGCAACGACCUGGAUAAACUCCAGAUAAUUAUGCUGAAUGCAAAAGUAAUCCCAAAAGGUUGUGUACCAUAUGAUUCAACUUAACAUUCUUGAAAUGACAGAAUUAUAGAAAUGGAGAACAGAUGAGUGGUUUUCAGAGGUUAAGGGGGAGGUUGGUGAUGGGGGGAGGGAAUUGUGUUUGUGGCUGUACAAUGGCAACAUGAGAGAUCCUUUGGAGGGUGGAAAUGUUCUGUAUCAUGACUAUAUCAAUGUCAGUAUCUUGGUUGUGAAAUUGCGCAAUAGUUUUGCAAGAUGUUACCACUGGAAGAAACUGGGUAAAGGGCACAAUGAAAUUUCUCUGUUUUAUUCCUUACAAGCUGCAUGUGAAUCUACAAAUACCUCAAAAUAAAAAUAAAAGUAUAAUUUAAAAAAAAAAAA